AAUUUAAUUACUCGCGCCGAAGAAAUUUCUCGAUAACAUUUGUUUAUGUGCACCAUUUAAUUAUCUUAAGUUUCUGCAUUUAUUUAUAAGCAAAUUUAGAAAGUUAAUUGUUUAGAGUGAAAGAGUGAAAUGGACAAAAUAAAUUAUAAAUUACCUUUAGUGUUUUUUGUCAAUGGAAAAAAGGUUAUUGAAGAACGUCCAGAUCCGGACUGGACGUUGUUACACUAUUUGCGAACCAAACUGAUGCUAUUUGGAACAAAAUUGGCCUGCGGCGAAGGGGGUUGCGGGGCAUGUACCGUUAUGAUUUCCAAAUACGAUCGCGAUAAAAAUGAAGUAUAUCAUCUGGCAAUCAAUGCGUGCUUGGCACCGGUUUGUUCAAUGCAUGGUUUGGCCGUUACAACCGUAGAAGGUAUUGGAUCUACGAAAACCAAGCUGCAUCCAGUUCAAGAAAGAAUGGCUAAAUCACAUGGUAGUCAAUGCGGUUUUUGUACACCAGGAAUUGUUAUGUCCAUGUAUACCUUAUUACGCAAUACUCCGCAUCCAAAAAUGGAUGACUUAGACAAAACUUUUCAAGGAAAUUUAUGUAGGUGUACUGGGUACAGACCGAUAAUUGAAGGAUUCAAAACCUUUACCGAAGAUUGGGAGGUAAUGCGAAGUGCCAAUGAAAAUGGCAUUUGCGCAAUGGGUGAUAACUGUUGUAAACUAUCUACGAAACGUAGCUCGACCAUCGAUACUAAUACGCUUAUUCCCGCUAACGAAUUUACUCCAUACGAUUCCUCGCAGGAACCGAUAUUUCCACCUGAACUUCUAGUGUAUGACAUCCUAGAUAAGCAAAGCUUGGUAUUUAAGAACGACACAGUCACGUGGUUUCGGCCCAAUACUUUGGAGGACUUACUUACCCUGAAAUCCAAGCAACCCAAAGCUAAAAUUGUAAUGGGAAACACAGAAAUUGGUGUUGAAAUCAAAUACAAGCAUCAGUAUUAUCCGAUCCGCAUACACGCAAGUCAAAUUCCAGAACUAUCUACCGUCAGCACUGUUGACGCAGGGAUACGAUUUGGAUCCGCUGUGACCCUAACGAAAGUCGCAAACGUUUUGAAAAAUCAAAUUAAAGCAAAACCAAAGAGCCACACGCGUAUCUUUGCAGCAUUGCUAGACAUGAUCCAUUGGUUUGCAGGUCAACAAAUUCGCAAUGUUGCCUCUAUCGGUGGAAAUAUUGUAACCGGCAGCCCCAUAUCUGAUCUGAAUCCCAUUUUUAUCGCGUCGGAAGCUGUCCUGGAAAUUGGAAGCGUGAGAGGAAUACGGCGGAUCGUUAUGGACGAAAACUUUUACUUGGCCUAUCGCACCACGGUUCUACGCGAGGACGAAGUGCUUAUCUCGCUAACCGUUCCAUAUUCGAAACAAAACCAAUUUUUCUGCGCUUACAAGCAAGCUCGCAGACGAGACGAUGACACCGCGAUCGUCAAUUUUGCCAUUAACGUUACAUUUGAAGAAAACACCAAAAUGAUACAGGCUUUUAAGGUAGCUUUCGGUGGAAUGGGUGCAACAGUUCAAGUUCCAUUAAAAACGUGUAAGGUGAUGCUUGGUCGAUCUUGGAAUCAAAACACUUUGAACAUGGCUUUAGAUAGUUUAAUCGAAGGACUUCCGCUAUCUCCAAAUGCACCAGGAGGCAUGAUCCAGUACAGACGGUCAUUGAGUCUGAGCUUCAUUUUUAAAGCGUAUUUGGAAAUUAUGAAUAACCUUAAUGGUAAACUAAACGCCAGGGAAUUAAGUGCGAUAGAACCAUAUCAGUUUAAAGUCCCCAAAAGUUCACAAAUGUUUCACAUUUUACCAUCCAGUAUGAAGACGUGCGCAGUCGGAAAACCCAUUCCUCAUCUCUCCGCUAUCAAACAAUCGACCGGCGAGGCAGUCUAUUGCGACGAUAUGCCCGAGUUUAAAAAUGAGCUGCAUAUGGGCUUGGUUUUAAGUUCAAAGGCACACGCCACUUUCAAGAUGGAUCCAUCGGAUGCGUUAAAAUUGGAUGGCGUUCACCUAUUUCUUUCCGCGGAAGAUAUUAGUCCUGAAAAUAACUGUAAGUUAGGGUUUCAGUCGGAUAUCGUGGUCUUCGUAGAGAAAACGGUAACAUCCCAAGGACAAAUACUGGGUGCAAUUGUGGCAGAGAGUCAAUCACUUGCCCAAAAAGCCGCACGAAUGGUGAAAGUCACAUACACUGAAUUACAACCAGUUAUAGUUACAAUCGAAGAUGCGAUAAAAUACAACUCUUUUUUCACAAAUAUUGUCAAUCCUAGUGUUAUUGAAGCUGGCAAUGUCGAUAAAGCGUUUACAGGUGCUUCGCAUGUAAUAGAAGGUGAGUGUAGAUCGGGUGCCCAGGAACACUUCUACCUAGAACCCCAAUCGACCAUAGCAGUUCCCAAGGAAGAUAAUGAAUUGGAAAUCUUCUGCGCCACUCAAUGUCCACUUUUUACUGCCCAAAAAAUAAGUACAGUGCUAAACAUACCACAACAUAAAAUUCACGUGCGAGUUAAGAGACUCGGGGGAGGUUUUGGAGGUAAAGAGCAAAGACCAGCUUCUAUUGCGGUACCGGCUGCAUUAGCUGCAAAUCGUCUACGAAGACCGGUCAGAUGCAUAUUGGACCGAGAUGAAGAUAUUUUAAUAACUGGCGGGAGACAUCCAUUCUACAUAAAAUACAAAACAGCAUUUGACGAUCAUGGCAAAAUACUGGCGUGCGAAAUAUUCUUGUACAACAACGGGGGAUAUGCAAGUGACCUGUCAGACUUGAUCAUGCAAAGGGCACUAUAUCAUAUUCAAAACGCGUACAACAUUCCAAACGUGCGCGCCUUCGGAUACGUUUGUAAAACGAAUUUGCCGUCCAAUAUGGCUAUGCGAGGAUUUGGUGCCCCGCAAAGUAUGUUAGCGGGCGAAUUUAUGGUUAGGAAAAUCGCUGAGUUCCUGGGCAAGGAGUCUAAUGAAAUUGCGGAGCUCAACAUGUACAUGACUGGCGACAUCACGCAUUACAAGCAAGAUAUUGAGAAUUGUACCGUAGGGAGAUUGGAGGAAUGCGUUACUAAUUCGAACUUUUACGAGCGAAAAUUAAGUGUUCAAAAAUUUAAUAGCGAAAAUCGUUGGAAAAAAUGCGGCAUUACGCUUGUGCCAACAAUGUAUGGUGUCGGUUUUGGUAUGCCAUCGUAUCAGCAAGCAGGUGCAUUGGUUAAUGUUUAUACAGAUGGAUCAGUGCUAUUGGCACAUGGAGGAGUGGAAAUGGGACAAGGUUUGCACACAAAAAUGAUACAAGUAGCAAGCACAGUGUUGGAAAUCUCUCACGAUAAGAUACACACAAGUGAAGUGUCUACGGUGACGGUUCCUAAUCCAACAGGAACGUCGGCGAGUGUGUCUUCCGAUCUCAAUGGAAUGGCCGUUUUGAACGCUUGCGAAAAAAUCAAAUCUCGUUUGGAACCAUUUAAAUUAGCAAAUCCAAAAGGCACGUGGGAUGAUUGGGUUUUAGCCGCCUACACGGAGAGAGUAAACUUAUCCGCAACAGGGUUUUAUAAAACACCUACUUCACCAUACGACUGCAGUACACAAUCAGGUUGUUUCUAUGACUAUUACAGUGCAGGUGCGGCUUGUACGGAGGUUGAAAUCGAUUGUCUCACUGGAGAUCACAGGAUAUUACGAACUGACAUUGUAAUGGAUGUAGGAGAAAGUCUAAAUCCCGCAGUGGACAUUGGACAAAUCGAAGGCGCUUUUGUACAAGGCUACGGCCUAUUCAUGCUCGAGGAAUUAAUGUUUGCACCCGACGGAACCACGCUGACCAAAGGCCCUGGAAGCUACAAACUACCGAGUUUUACAAGCAUUCCGUUGGAGUUUAACGUUUCGUUACUCAAAGGAGCUCCUAAUCCAAAAGCAAUAUACUCCUCAAAAGCAAUUGGAGAACCUCCCCUUUUCUUAGCCAGUUCAGUUUUGUUUGCGGUACGGGAGGCAAUUAAAUCAUCAAGAGAAGACGCAGGACUACCUGUCGACGACUUCACUUUGUUCGCGCCCGCCACAGCGGCUAAAAUACGAAUGGCGUGCGAGGAUAUUUUUACCAUGAAGUUGGACAUUCCCAAGCCUGGAUCUUUCAUUCCAUGGAAUGUAGAUGCAUAAUUGGUAUUGACAAUUCCGUACACAGCACGUAGCAACAAAUUUUGACAUAAAAUUCCCUAUAUAAUUUAAUAACAAUUAGUAAAAUGUUAUACUAUUUGCGAGUUGAUAUGGAGACACUUGAAUAAAGCAGACCUCUGGGUCAAGCGUCUAA